AUAAAUAAGUUAGGGAGCCGGGCAGAGGGCGAGCGGUGCGCGUCUGCCGGCGGGACCUGGAGGCAGGGACCGCCCCGCCGAGCCUCCCCGGCGGCUCAGCCCGGGCCCCGGGCGCCGGAGCCGCGGGUGCCAUGGCGUGCGCGGAGCGCUGCUGCCGCUGCUGCGCGGAGGGCCGGCGGCACAGCAGCAUCCUCUACAGCAUCCUCCGCAGCGAGGAGCGGGCGGUGCCGCCGGCCGGGCCGGCUCCCCGGGGCUGCCCGUGCGGGUCGCGGCGGCGGGUGGCCCUGCGGAGCCCGCAGGUGGCUUGCAAGGCGGCCUCGGCCGUGCUGGUGAAGACGCUGCGCUUCGUCCAGAACGUGCCCUGCUUCCAGGAGCUGCCGCUGGAGGAGCAGCUGCUGCUGGUCCGCAGCUGCUGGGCGCCCUUGCUGCUGCUGGGGCUGGCGCAGGACCGGGUGCACCUGGAGACGGUGGAGAGCGCGGAGCCCAGCAUGCUGCAGCGCAUCCUCACCGCCCGGCAGCAGGGCGAGCAGCCCCCGCCGCGGGCCCCGGCACCGGGCCGGCCGCACCACGGCCCGCACCUGCCCUCGGCCGGCGAGAUCCAGGCUAUCAAGGGCUUCCUGGCCAAGUGCUGGAGCCUGGACAUCAGCACCAAAGAGUACGCUUACCUCAAGGGAACGGUGCUCUUCAACCCGGAUCUACCUGGACUGCAGUGUACUCAGUACAUUGAAGGAUUGCAGAGGGAAGCCCAACAAGCCCUAAAUGAACAUGUCAGACUCAUUCACAGAGGUGAUGAAGCCAGAUUUGCCAAGCUGAAUGUUGUUCUCUCCUUGUUAAGAUCUAUAAAUGCUAAUGUGGUUGCUGAAUUAUUCUUCAGGCCCAUCAUUGGAGCAGUGAACAUGGAUGACAUGCUUUUGGAAAUGCUUUGUGCAAAAUUAUAAUUAAAAUUACAAAGGUGUGUAAAAUAAUGAAAAGAAGUCCAGUGCAAAGGAAGCCCCAGAGCAGGAUAGUGUAAAGUGUUGUAAAUAAACUAACUUAUUGUUUUUA